AAACACAAAUUUGUGACGCCGCCUGUGGUAUGAGCGGAAAUGACGCCAUGCCGCGCGACCUUAGGAUGGUUAUAUUUUUCUGAAGUGCACGAGAGGUGCGCGUGCGUCUGCUGCAGUCCUAUAAUAUCGUUUUAUUGGCCCUCGGAGGAUGAUGCGUCCGCGUUAGUUUCGUGUAUAACGCUUGAAGACGUUAUUUUCCCACCGGUUCUUAAAGCCUCGCGUCUCCGAGCGACUGUUGAUCCGGUUAAUGCGCUCGCGCUCCGUUACCGGCCAGCGGCGGGACGCGCGCUCGAGCUCCUGUGACUUACUGUGAUUUUAGUUGUUUUAUGUCUUAUUGCAGGUUUAAAGGUCCGCACAGAUGUGCUGGUUUAGGUGGUACUUUGUUUGUUUGGGUUAGUAAUUAAGUUGUAGUGAUUUAUAUAGGUUGAGGAGUAAAUCUCAGCGGUUAGGAUUAAGUUGUUUUAAUAUCAGGUGUGCUAUUCAGGUUAUAAAUCACAGCAUGGGUAGGUUGGGUUAGGGGCUAGUUUAGUUGCAGGUCAGGUUGAGUCAGUUCUGUUGGGGUUUCAUCCACUUUUAAGUGACAGGUCUUUGGCUUACAGAGAGUUCAGCUGUCAACUAGGUUUUGUCCAUUGCUUCAAGUUAAGAUUGGUAAUUAUAGAUGUGUUAGAGUAAGUUUGGUUCAUUUGUGUUGGGUUUAGUUGUAAUUGAGAUCACAGUUGGGUUAGGUUUAGUUCAGGUUAAGUUUAAACUAUCUCUGCCGUGAUGGCUAAAGGCGAGUGGAAGAGGUCAGGCGCAGAUGAUCUCCAGUUAUCCGGGCGCUCCGAGUGUGAAGUGUUCGAUGAUGGAACCAACACAUUCUUCUGGAGGGCACAUACCCUGACAGUGCUGUUCAUCCUGACAUGUGCUCUGGUUUAUGUGACACUAUUGGAGGAGACGCCACAAGACACUGCGUACAACACUAAAAGAGGAAUUGUGGCCAGUAUUCUGGUGUUCCUUUGUUUUGGAGUAACACAAGCUAAAGACGGUCCCUUCACGCGCCCUCACCCAGCUUACUGGCGUUUCUGGCUGUGUGUUUCUGUUGUGUAUGAACUCUUCCUCAUCUUCAUCCUGUUCCAGGUUUGUUAUCAGUCUCAACAGCACAAGCUUACAUAUUGUUUUGAUAUUGUAUCAUAUAUUCAUUUUUCUUUUUCCUUUCAGACAGUACAUGAUGGCAGGCAGUUUAUGAAGUACAUUGACCCGAAGCUGGGCGUCCCUCUUCCUGAAAGAGAUUAUGGCGGAAACUGUCUCAUUUAUGACCCUGGAAACCCUGCCGACCCCUUCCACAAUAUCUGGGACAAAAUGGAUGGAUUUGUUCCUGCCCAUUUUCUCGGCUGGUACAUUAAGACACUGAUGAUCAGGGACUGGUGGAUGUGUAUGAUCAUCAGCGUGAUGUUUGAGUUCCUGGAGUACAGCCUCGAACACCAGCUGCCCAACUUCUCAGAGUGCUGGUGGGACCAUUGGAUCAUGGAUGUGUUGCUGUGUAACGGGUUGGGCAUUUACUGCGGCAUGAAGACGCUCGGUUGGCUCUCCAUGAAGCCGUAUCAGUGGCAGGGAUUGUGGCACAUCCCAACAUACAAGGGGAAAAUUAAGCGAAUCGCGUUCCAGUUUACCCCGUACAGCUGGGUGAAGUUUGAAUGGCGUCCGGCGUCUAACCUGCGAAGAUGGCUGGCGGUGUUGGGUAUUAUUUUCAUGUUCUUGUUGGCAGAGCUGAAUACGUUUUAUCUGAAGUUCGUGCUGUGGAUGCCUCCGGAGCAUUAUCUGGUGCUUUUGCGGCUCGUCUUCUUUGUGAACGUGGGCGGAGUGGCCAUGAGGGAGAUCUACGACUUCAUGGAUGAUCCGAAAUUCCAUAAAAAGUUGGGCCAGCAAGCGUGGAUUGUGGCGACCAUCACUGUUACAGAGUUUCUGAUCGUGGUUAAAUACGAUCCCAAUACCAUCAUGCUGCCAAUCCCCUUCUUCGUCACUCAGUGCUGGAUACUUGGAAUCGUUCUCAUCCUUAUUUGGACCUUGUGGCGGUUUUUCAUCCGUGACAUCACACUCCGAUACAAAGAAACACGGCGGCGCAGACAGGAAGGGUCUUCGGAUCGGGACAGAGUCCCUGGACAUGCCGACGGCAGCAACACGGCCUCGUCCGGCCGUAGCAAACUAAACGGCAGCAUGGACACGGUCCGACAAAGGAAGUCAUGAAUCCAUCCUUCCACACGCAAACAGCCAUGCGCUGCACAUCGCAACUGGACACACAUUUGUGUUUGUAAUCCUGUUUCAGAUCAUACCAACACUCACGGUGUCUGUCGAGCUGCUUCCAGACAGGUUGAUGCCAUCAUUUUUCUCUCCACACAGAGAGGGUUGUUGUAUAUUUAGGAAAAAAAUGUCUUUGUAGCUGUUACAUAGGUGAGGCGUUUAGGGUUCGGGGUCCACUGUCCCUCUGGUUUGGGGUUUAUUGAUCGGUGCUAUGCAGGAAGACACAUGUCGAUGCAGAACACUAUGCAGUGAGCUGGGGGUAGAGGAAGUGCACAUAUAGCCAUUUAUGAAUAAAACAAUCCUUUUUAAGUGACGUUUAGUGGGAAAGUGCUCCUAAACAUCCUCACAUAAGCUAUAAAACUAUAUUUAAAAAGCUAUGAGAAUGUAAUUAUUUAAUCGGCUGUAUACUUAUGCUAUGUUUAGGAUGCUAAAGGAGGUUAGCGUGCCUGUUACACAAGCAACUCACACACGGACAAUCCCUCUGACCUUUUUAACAUGGGUCAGUGCCAUGACUGGACCAAAAUUGAAGAACUUUGUGUUGUUAAAACCUUCCGUUUGCAUGUGUGAAUGUGUGCGUGAGACCAUAACAGCCAAAACACUCAUCUUGCUGAUGCUGGGAAACCAUAGACAGAACCUUUUGGGUCUGAUAAAUGGGGGGGGAAAAAUCAGAAGUCAUCCCAAAGCUACGUGUUUAGGAUCUGGUCGCAGUGAGUGGGUUGUGUGCUUGUUGUGUUGUUGUGAUAGUGUGUCUGUAUUCUGAUAAUGUGCAAGUCCAAAACGGCCUGAUCCGGUGUUUCGAACACCAUUAUAAUCUUACUGUGAAUGUAAACGUCUAGCACUAGUUCGACUUCAGCGCCAAUGCCUGAGCUGUUACUGUGUAGUAUCAUGUUACUGACGGUGUUUAGGGUUCAUUUAACUAUGAGGGGAAAGUUAAAAUCGCAGUAUAUGUUCUCGUCCUAAUGAUCAGAAUUCUCUCUCUCUGAAAUCUCUGUGGGACCAUGUGAUGAUCUGUCUGCCUCUGCUACUAGUGGUUCAUGUAGACAUGUUACAGCUGGGAGUUCAUAUUUUAUAAUGUUUUCAAUAAAUAAAAAGGGAGUUCUUCCUCUUUAACCUU